GUUACCUACAAUUGGAUGGAAGGAAAUUGCACAAAAACCAUGACAAGCAGUGGCGAUAGUAGUAGUUCGAGCAAUGAUGAAUCUGAGAAACAACUCGCUUCUCUUCCCAAAGGCGAUGGUUGGGGAUUAGAUGAUAACCUCUGCCUGUAUCAAGAUUUCUGGGUCUACUCUCCACAACUAAAGGGUGUAGCUGAAUUUCAAAAUGACUUCGAGGCGUUUGAUUCCGAUAUACUACUAUCCACAUUACCAAAAUCAGGUACCAUAUGGUUGAAAUCCAUGGCGUUUGCCAUAGUAAACCGCGCUCGAUAUCCAGUUUCUUCUGCAGAGCAUCCGUUGCUUACUUCUAAUCCUCAUCAUCUUGUCCAUAACGUCGAGUAUUAUCAGUCUUUUGGUACUUGCAAUUCUCUGUCGGAUUUUGUUAGCACUCAGUAUUCUGCUGAUACCAGCAGGCUUUUGGCUACUCACAUGCCAUACCAUUCAUUGCCUGAAUCACUCAAAAGCCAUACCAGCAGUUCUAAGAUUGUGUAUUUGUGUAGAAAUCCAAAAGACAACUUCAUAUCACUAUGGAACUAUUUAAACAAAAGAGGACCCAACAUUACAAACCCAUUUCCUAUAGAAAAGGCGUUUGACCUGUUUUGUAACGGCAUUUCAUUGUUUGGUCCAGUUUGGGACAAUGUCCUUGGGUACUGGAAAGCAAGCUUGGAAAACCCCGAAAAAGUGUUGUUUUUGAAGUAUGAAGAUUUGAAGAAAGAACCCAAGUCUCAUUUGAAGAAAUUGGCUGAGUUCUUAGGCUUUCCAUUCUCGGUGGAGGAAGAGAAAGGACAGGUUAUUGAAGAUAUAUUGAAGUUGUCUAGUUUUGAAUUCAUGAAGAGUUUGUUAGUGAAUAAAGAAGGAUCUGUUAAUGGACUUGGUUUUGAAAACAAAAUAUUCUUCAGGAAGGGUGAAGUUGGGGACUGGAAGAAUCAAUUGACAUCUUCGAUGGUUGAACGAAUCGACGGCCUUUUUGAAGAGAAGUUGCGGGGUUCCGGGUUGGUGUUCGAAAGCUAAUCAGUUGAACUGCGUCUCAACGGUAUAAUAAGUAUAAUGCGCAAGAGUGGGAUGCAUUUUCCGGACCAGUUAGCUAUAUGACCCACUCUUUUUUCCUUGUUGUUUUAUUUUAGUUAAUGCAAUUGUUUCGUGUAGUUUAGGUUAGGUUUGUAAUUUGUUCUAUCAAAUUGCUAAUCCAUGAUAUCAUGCAAUAAUAUGUUGAGAUUAUUAG